AUGGAAAUUAUUAUCGCGAGUGCGAUAGCACACCAACUUUUUAAAGUAUCAAACAUCAACCAGAAAAAACAAGAAAAGUUCGAAAUAAGGAAACUACUUGCUAAUGAACUCUCCUUGUGCAAGGAUUCACCGCCACUAGUUAAUACUUUUACAAAGAGCAAAGUUGAUAUAGCCUUAAAAGCUGUUAAAAAUGGCAAAGCUGCUGGAGUGGAUGGCAUCUUACCAGAAUUUCAAAAUAACCUUGGGGUCAAAGGUAGAAAUUGGUUAGCUAAAUUAAAAACAAACAUUGCAAAUUUCGAAGUUCUCUCAAAAUUAUGGAAUGAGGCCAAAGUAAUAGCCAUUUUAAAACCGGGGAAGACAGCAAAUGACAAAAACUAUAGACCAAUCUCACUAUUAUCAACGGCAUACAAUGUUUUCGUGAAAUUAAUAAUUCUUCUAAAAAUGUAACCGAUACUAGAAAAAUAAUUACCAAUAGAACAAGCUGGAUUUAGGACAGGCAGUAACUGCUGUGAUCAGGUCCUUGCUUUUACCACACAUGUAGAAAACGGCUUCCAAAACAAGAAGAAAUCCAGUGCAGUUUUUCUUGAUUAGUCUGUGGUGUAUGAUACAGUCUGGAAGAGAGGGCUGCUAUUCAAGCUGGCUAAUAUAGUGAGAUAUAGUGAGACAGUGAGAUUAUUGAAAUCAAUGCUAUCAAACAGGAAAUUCAGAGUGUACCUAAAUGGUGCAAAGAGUCCAUACAAAUAUUUACAGAAUGGACUACCCAAAGGGUCGGUUCUUUCACCUCUUUUUUUUAAUAUUUAUACAGCCGAUUUAGCAAUGACAGAGGUGAGAAAAUUUAUCUAUGCAGAUAACAUUGCAUUAGUAUACCAAGCUGAUUACUUUAACGAGAUAGAGAGCGUACUAAACCGAGACUUGACUACUCUUCAAAAAUAUUUCAGAAAGUGGUACCUUACAUUAAACCCAAAUAAAACGAUAGCGAUAGUUCUUCACUUAAAUAACCGGGAAGCUAACAGAAAACUAGAACUAAAGAUAGGGAAAACUCCAGUGGCCAAUAGCAAAUGUCCAAGAUAUCUAGGGAUAAAAAUAGACAGAUCUUUAACAUUCAAGGACCAUAGAGGCAAAAAAGAAAAACUUUAA